UCGUAACAGCGAACUGAGAUACCAGAUUCAGAAAGUGUUUCAAGAUGGAUGAUAGAGAAAGGAUUUCUGCUAGUUAUUCAUCAGGAAAUGUUCCUUUAACACCGCCAGGAUUAGAAGCUAUAUAUUCCGCAUGUCGACGGUUGUAUCCCGAUCAACCAAAUCCUCUUCAGGUUACGGCAUUGGUCAAGUAUUGGCUUGGAGGACCUGACCCACUCGAUUAUAUAAGUAUGUAUGCCAAUCCAGGUGAUCCUGACCGCAAUAUACCUCCACACUGGCAUUAUAUAAGCUUUGGGCUGUCAGAUCUUCAUGGAGACUGUAGAGUAUAUGAAUUAGGCGUAGCAGAUGGUCCUAGUGGGUUUGGAUUUGAACUAACAUUUAGACUGAAACGGGAACCAGGAGAAGCUAAUCCACCAACGUGGCCAGCAGCACUGAUGCAGGCACUGGCUCGAUAUGUCUUUCAGUCAGAAAAUGUACUCUGUAGUGGUGAUCAUGUUUCAUGGCACACGCCUCUUGAUGGGAGUGAGUCCCGUAUCCAACACAUGCUUAUGACAGAAGACUCCCAGUUACAGCCUAUUUCAUCUAUAUUGGGUGUUGUUAAUUUUAUACAGAUUGUUGGAGUAUGUGGAGAAGAGUUGAAGGCAGCACAACACUGGAACGGCCCUGGAAUUAUUGAACUUUUACGAUCAAAACCUUCAGCAGGAGGACCCUGGCUAGUUACAGAUAUGAGAAGGGGAGAAACAAUCUUUGAACUAGAUCCUCAUUUAAAGGAAAGAGUAGACCAGGGCAUAGAGCAAGAAGGAUCUAACCUUAGUGGAGUCAGUGCAUGGUGUUCUUGGGAUGAACCAGGUGAUAAUGACAACAACAGUUCAGAUGGUGAUGAUGAUAAAGAGAACCGAAAGAUCAAAGAUGAGUAUGACAAUGACAGAGAGGAUGCAAGAAGGGGAAGCACUGAAACAGACAGAAGGACAAUAUCACAAUAUGAAUCUGAACAGAUAAAAGCCACCUUAAAAAAAGGUCUUAGUAGUACACACCUCCAUGUUAAAGAAGAAUCUCAGUCCACAUCAAGAAAAGAAUCUUUUGACAGUACAGUUAGUUCAGAAGGUCCAACAGAAUUAAUCAGGACAAGAUCUUUAGAAUCUGUUCAUCUCAAAUUUAAUCUUGAAGCUGGUUCAUUACUCCCACUGGCACUAAGAGGGCGUAUAAAACAUGGUCGCCAUUUCACAUUUAAAGGAAUAAUGAAUGACAUAGCAAUAACAUUAGUCUCCUCUUCUGUUGUGGGUUCAAUAACUGAUGAAGAACACCCAUUUGCUGCCCAUGGCACUUGGUUGCAGGUGCUUAUUCAAGAUGAAGCUAUUGAUGACAUGAUUGAUGAUCUAGAUGAACUUUCCAACCCAGAUGAGAUUUUGUGUCCAAAAACUUACAGCUGGCCGGAGAAAAGGUUGUGUAUUACCAUCUUGCCUGAUGAAAGCUAGUCACAGUUCUUGUUUGUUUGUCUUUAAAUUAUUUUUUAAAAAUAGAAUGAGUAAGAAACAAGUGAUAAUCUGCACUCAUUUUACUUCAAAAUAAGGUUCAGUUUUUUACCCAGACUUUAUCAUUUAAAGAGAAUAUUUUAAAAUUAUUUAUUCUUUUUGUCAUAAGUUCAUAUUAUAAACAAUAGAAUAACCUCUUUAUGUAAAGGUGCUUUAAAUAAAAAUGUUCAGAUUACAGAAAUACUGUUGUUACAGAUUCCCCUAUUUGUUAGUACAAUGAUCCUAUUGAUUUUUUGGAGGAUUAAAAUACUCAUUUUAUAUUUAGAAUAGGAAUUGUUGAUGGAAUUUGUUUUAUAUUUGUACAAUUACAGUUAGUUGUUUUAUACUUUUUAUACCAAUGACUUUUGAAAAUAUUUUUGGCAAAUUUAUUUUGCUGCUAAAAUUGAUGUUAUUUACAUAUUGUAAAAUAUUUCAGUGAAAGUUUGUCUCUGAAAUAAUACAUAACCAAUUAAAAUAUUGUAAAAAUUGUAAUUAAUUUAAAUGUGUGAAUGUUGAAUAUUGUGAGUCAAACGGAAUACCAAAAACUUGAUUAGACCAGCAUUAAUGUAUUCAUGUAUGUUACUCUUCAUGUUUUGAAUGCUGUUGUUUUCUUGUCAGCACUGGCUUUAGAACAAAAUUAAAUUUAUCGAGUUGUUUUUUUCCAGACUUUGAAAUCAACUGCCUCAAAUGCUUUUAAUAAAAGUUAUGAUUUUUCAUAUAAUGUAAAUUAACUUCUUGAAUAUACUUCUUUUAUUAGGUUAAAUAUUCUAUUUAAACAUGCAUUUCAUGUGUUCUAUAAUCAAGUGCAUGAUACAUUUUUGUUGGAAUUGUUUUAGGCUAAUUGGAUAAAUUUUAUAUGUAUCAUGUUGGUGUUGAUAAGGUUUGCUAAAAAAGUUCUUCAAUAGUGCAAUUAUUUUAAAAUAAAAUAUAUUAGCUAUUGGUGAUACCACCAUGUAUAAUCGGAAAAUUUUCAUGUAUACAUUUACUUCUGUAAAUAAAGACUGCAUUUUUCAUCUUUGACAAGUGCAAUGAGAAAUUGUUGACAGGUUUUGAUCAUAACAAAACAGCUUUCGCCUAAAUUUUGGGAAAAUUGUAUAAAAUUGUUUUUAAGAUAAAUUGCACUGUCAAACCUGUAUAUUUCUAAGUGCUGUAAUAAAUAUUU